AUGUUCAAAUUUUUAGGAUUGAUUGUGUUAAUUUUAGCGUACAUAAGCUACAAACUGCACGAUGUUCUUUCUCCACCUCCAUUACCACCGCAGUUAGAUGAGAAAUGGUGGGGACCUGGAAAACCUGGAUCAGUGAAAAGCGAAAUUAAACCGUUUACUAUUAAUGUGCCAGAAACUGUACUUUCAGAUUUGAAAUACAGGCUAGAACAUCACAGACCGUUUACACCUCCACUCGAAGGUAUUCAACAACAAUAUGGUAUGAACACCAAUUUAUUAAAGAAAGUAGUGGAUUAUUGGAAAACGAAAUACAACUGGCGAAGUCGCGAAAAAUAUUUGAACAAAUUUCCACAAUUUACGGUAAACAUUCAAGGACUAGACAUACAUUACAUUCACGUUAAGCCCAAGGUGCCACCAACCAUCAAAGUACUGCCUCUUUUAUUACUGCACGGAUGGCCUGGAUCCGUCAGAGAAUUCUAUGAAAUUAUACCGAUAUUGACUACACCACAGGAUGGAUUCGAUUUUACAUUCGAAGUUAUUGCUCCACAUAUACCAGGUUAUGGAUUUUCCGCGCCAGCUGUGCGACCAGGACUGAGCCCCGAUCAUAUUGCUCUAAUUUUCAAAAAUUUAAUGAACCGUUUAGGGUUCGAGAAGUUUUAUACCCAAGGUGGAGAUUUUGGAGCAAUUAUUUUAAAUAACUUAGCAGUUCUAUAUCCCGAGUCAGUAUUGGGAUAUCAUUCGAAUAUGUGCGUUGUAAGUUCACCUAUGGCCUAUUUUAAACUGGUUCUCGCUAGCUUUUGUCCAUCUGUACCAUUCUGGUACGUUCGUCCGGAUCAUUACGAUAGAGUAUUUCCAGGGAGAGAACACUUCUACAUUAGAUUAAGAGAAACGGGAUAUCUCCACGAACAAGCCACAAAACCUGAUACUUUAGGUGUUGGAAUAAAUGAUUCCCCUGUGGGCCUAGCAGCAUACAUUUUAGAAAAAUUUGUAACUGGAACGAACAAAGCCUGGCAGUUAAGAGAAGAUGGUGGCUUACUGGAAUACUUUACUUAUGAUGAUCUACUUGACAAUAUUAUGUUUUACUGGGUUACUAAAUCGGCAACUACCUCUUUCCGAUUAUACUCUGAAACGUUUAAUAGAGAUUACAUGGGAAAAGGAAUCCUGAGGCAACCAAUAAAGGUUCCGACUGCGUGUGCUCGCUUCGAACAUGAUUUCUACACUCCAGACGGGAUGCUCAAAGAAGUUUACUCGAAUUUAAUUCAACUCAACGAUUACGAAGGCGGUCACUUUGCUGCCAUGCAAGUCCCAAAGGUUUUGGCUCAAGAUGUUUAUUUGGCGGCGCAUCAAUUUCAAAAGAAAUAA